CCCCAAUCACAGGCAAGUACGCAUCUUUGUCGCCUUCUUCGUCAGCUACAAUCGAAUCGAAUGAGUGAGAAGCCACGACAUUGUGUGUGUGUGUGUGUGAGAGAGAGAGAGAGAGAGAGAGAGUUGGGGGCAACAAUGGCCGUGCCAUUAUAAAAUGGAUGGCAGAUUUAGCAGAGCUGAGAGGCAUCAACAGAGCAAGCAGAAGAAACAGAGUACUCUGUUCUUGAACUCUCUUCUCUGAUGGCAAACGCUCUGUUUUAGUAGCUCUCUGGUGAACAACAAUGUCUUCGUUUUUUUCUGUUUAGAUUCAUGUUUUUCAGCUGAUUUUAUUGGUAUAGAAGGUGCGAAAUUUGCGGGGGUUUGUUUGUAUGAUUUAAUUUCGAAUCAGGAAGAAAUUUUGCAGAUACUGUCACCAGCUCAGCCUUAAUUCACUUGUUAAAAAAGUCUCGUAGAUCUGAAAAGAAGGCUAGGAAAUUUGUGAGAAAAUGAAGAAUUCAGUAUCAGAUCAAGCCUUUUUCAUCGAGAGUGAAGAUGAUGAGGAAGACAAGGACUCCAUUAGAGGUGACGACGAUGGGAAUGAUUCGGAAUUUUCAAAUUAUUCCGACGAUAACCCUCAGCAUCAAAGCAAACCUAGUUCCUUAAACCCAUCGUGGCCUCAAAGUUACAGGCAAUCGAUAGAUCUGUACAGCAGCGUGCCAUCCCCGAGCCUGAACUUUCUGGGGACUCCCAACUUGUCUCGAUUAGGCAGUUCAUUCCUUUCCUCAACGCUGACAAGAAGACACACUCCUGAGAUACUCCCAAGUUUAAGCAAACCUUUCUUGCCACCAUCAACAGACAACCAGCAGCCACAAGAAAGGCGUAGUAGUUCUCAUUCUCUUCUUCCUCCACGAGGAUCAUCUGCUAAGAAGUUGCCACAUUAUCACAAAUCUUCUAAGGCUUCACAUGAACUUCCUCUUUCCAGGCAGAGCUCUUAUGGUCAAUCUGUGCUUAAUGGCAUAAAUGUUCUUUGUGGAGUUGGACUUCUUUCAACUCCUUUUGCAGUGAAAGAAGGAGGAUGGGUAGGAUUGUCAUUAUUGUUCAUCUUUGGUGUCCUUUCUUUCUACACUGGUAUCCUCCUUCGAUACUGCUUAGAUAGUCAACCUGGCCUCGAGACCUAUCCAGAUAUUGGCCAGGCUGCUUUUGGCACUCUCGGACGUCUCAUCAUUUCUAUAAUAUUGUACGUGGAGUUGUACGCAUGUUGUGUUGAAUAUAUUAUCUUGGAGAGUGAUAACCUAUCGUCUCUGUUUCCGAAUGCACAUUUAAACCUCGGAGGAUAUAUAGUAAACGCGCAUUAUUUAUUUGCAAUUAUGAUCACUCUGGCUGUCCUUCCCACAGUUUGGCUACGCAACAUGAGUGUUCUCAGUUACAUAUCUGCUGGUGGAGUUAUCGCAUCAAUUCUAGUGGCGAUUUGCUUGUUUUGGGUUGGGUUAGUGGAUGAUGUGGGGUUUCAAAUUGAGACCACAAAAACCUUAAACCUAUCGACUUUCCCUGUUGCCAUAGGCCUUUAUGGGUACUGUUAUUCAGGACAUGCAGUGUUUCCUAAUAUCUAUACAUCAAUGGCAAAAAGAAGUCAAUUUCCAAUGGUACUCUUAGCCAGCUUUGGGAGCUGUGCUGUUCUUUAUGCUGCAGUGGCUAUAAUGGGAUACAUGAUGUUUGGUGAAUCAACAGAAUCACAAUAUACCCUAAACCUCCCCACAAAUCUGAUUGCCUCUAAAGUUGCUGUCUGGACUACGGUGGUCAACCCAUUUACCAAAUAUGCGUUGACCAUAUCUCCUGUAGCUAUGAGUCUUGAGGAGUUGAUACCAUCAAACCAUAUGAAGUCUCAUGUCUACUCCAUCCUCAUUAGAACAGCAUUAGUCUUCUCUACUUUGCUUGUAGCCCUCUCCAUCCCCUUCUUUGGUCUUGUGAUGUCAUUGAUUGGAUCUUUACUCACUAUGCUAGUGACGUUGAUACUUCCUUGUGUUUGCUUUUUGAGCAUUUUAAAGGGAAAAACAACUCGCUUUCAGGUAUCAGUGUGUGUAUUCAUCAUUGUUGUUGGGUCUGUGUCUUCCGUUAUUGGAACCUAUACAGCGUUAUCAGAGAUAAUUCGACAGUUGUUUUGAUACUUAUCUAUAUUUAAGCUUUGAUUUGAGUGUUGAUCUUUAUGAGUAUACAAAUAGAUUAGGACACCCUUUUAAUGGGAUAUUGUUAAUUAUUGUUGUUUGUAUGUUGGAAUGUUUAAAAUGAAAUUUUGUCUCUCCUCUCUAUGCUAUUAGCAAUUUAGCAUGAAGAGGGGAUGUUCCUUUUCGUGUGUACUUUUUGAAUAAAUUAAUUAGUUAUGAUCGUUAUGCUU